AUGAGUUUAUAUUUUACAGCUUUAUUCCUAAUGCUCACCGUUGAGAUGGUGAUGCUCUUCAUUUUCGUUUUGCCUCUGCCAUUCCGGAUCCGUAGAGGUAUUUUUAGCAGCUAUAACCAAUUGACGGCUAAGCAGCAGAUAAAAACCGUAAUUGUCAUAAUGGGCGGUCUUGUUGGGCUGUUGUUUAUCGAUUCGUGGAAGAGGUCACAAAUCCGCGUUUCAUUAUACCAUAACGAUAACAGCGGUUCAAUGGGGUCAUCUGCUGUCACCCCAAUACAGGCCUUGGCAUCAAGAGCUUACAACCAAAGGAACAUGUACAUUUCUGGGUUCAUAUUGUAUUUCUCUAUUUGCAUCCCAACGGUCAUGUCUAUUGUCAAGAGAUUGGUGAAAUAUCAGGGAUUGAUCAACGAGCAAAAAAAGCAGAAGUUGACCAAAACUUCUCCAAGAACCGAGAAAGUUUCAAAGAAGGCCGACUCUACUAAAUUGGAAGAACAACUAAAGAAAAAGCAAAUUUCUUUGGAAGGCUUGCAAAAGCAAGUCAAGAACUUGGAGAAAUACUUCGACGAAAAAAACCAACCAGGCAACUUGGCCGCCGCUGAAGCUGCUAAGAAGGGAAACUAA